AAGAAAAUUAUUUGUUUUCACUACAUUUAAGUUAUAAACUAGGUUAGCACACAAUCCAAAGUGGAUUAAUAAAAGUAGGUAUGUUUACUUUUAAUAACAGAUAAAAAAAUAAGUUCAAAGGUAAAUAAACUGCAAAUAAUCAGUAUACUUGAAGUAUUUAAGUAUGUUGGGCUAUCUGAGAACUUUUACACGAAAAUAUUCAGUGUCUAGACAAUAUAAUGAAGUAAAAAUACCAUUACCAUGGGGUCAUGUAGCUGGUAAAUUAUGGGAAGCAAGCGAUAAAAAUAAAAGACCCAUUUUGGCUUUACAUGGUUGGCAAGACAAUUGUGGUACAUUUGAUAGAUUAAUACCUUUAUUAGACAAAGACCAUGGUUUCCUAGCCAUAGACUUACCUGGACAUGGGCUAUCAUCAAAAUUACCCAAUGGGGUACCAUAUGAAUUUUUAAAUUAUCCCAUAUUAAUAAGGUCAAUAAUGAAUUAUUUUAGUUGGCCUAAAAUUUCAUUGAUGGGUCAUUCUUUGGGUGCCAUUUCUUGCUACACUUUUACAAUGCUUUUUAAUGAUGAAGUAGAAUUUCUUAUUUUAAUUGAUGGUUUGAAGCCUUUGGAGUUGCCAAAUACUGGAGGAAGGUUAAAAAGAGAAAUUGAUAACUUUUUAAAAUAUGACAAACAAAAUCAAGAUUCCACAAACCAGCCAUCAUAUUCCUUGGACUAUUUAAAAAAAAAAAUGUCGGAGCAAAAUAAUAACGCUAUCAACCUGGAAAACACGGAGUACAUUCUAAAAAGGAAUAUCAUAGAAUCUGAAACUGAGCCAGGUAAAUAUUACAUAACUAGGGAUUCAAGAUUAAAAAUCCAUAGUUUUAUAAAUUGGUCUCAGAGAGAUAUUUUGAGUGGAACUGAACAAGUUAAAUGUCCAAUGUUGAUGUUGAAAAGUGAUUCAAGCGGAUAUUUCGAGAAAAAGAAAAAUUUCACGGAGGUUUUUGAGGUAUUAAAAGAGAACAAUAAAAAAAUGCACUAUCAUGUUGUAAAAGGAACACAUUUUGUUCACCUAAAUAAUCCCGAGAUUAUCAAGGAUUAUAUUAACGAUUUUAUGGGGAAAUAUGGUGAGAAGUGAGGAAAG